AUGGAAGUAAAAUCUGCAACGAAGCUUCAGUGCCAACGAAUUGGCUGCAACGCCAUGUUCACUGAAGACGACAAUCCUGAAGGUUCUUGUCAGUUUCAUGCUUCGCCAUUUUUUCACGAUGGAAUGAAAGAGUGGAGCUGCUGCAAGCAAAGAAGUCAUGAUUUCACUUUGUUCUUGGAAAUUCCUGGAUGUAAAACAGGUAAACACACAACUGAGAAACCAGUCCUGGCGAAACCGGCUCCAAGACAACCCAUCACGGUUCCUACUUCGUCUCCAGCCGCCAAUACAUCAACAAAAGACUCUUGCUCUAGGUGCCGGCAAGGCUUCUUCUGCUCAGACCAUGGUUCCCAACCCAAAGAACAGACCAAGCAGACUUUGAACACACCGGUACAAGCGCAAGAAGAAGUGGUUGAAUCCUUAGCACCACCACCUCCAGUUCAAAAGGUGGUUAUAGACAUUAAUCAACCCCAAGUCUGCAAAAACAAAGGAUGUGGCAAAACGUUCAAAGAGAGAGACAAUCACGAGACUGCAUGCAGCCAUCAUCCAGGUCCUGCGGUCUUCCACGAUAGACUGAGAGGCUGGAAAUGCUGCGAUGUUCACGUCAAGGAGUUCGACGAGUUCAUGGAGAUACCUCCGUGCACUAAAGGUUGGCACAGCAGCACCGGUGGCGUUUAA